AUGCCAGAAAGCACUCCGCAUAAAUAUGCUGAAGCUGAUUCACCUAAGCUUGCGACUGCAUUCGACGAAGCCAACAAGGCUGCUGCUCGACUUAUCAAGCCAAAAGCUAUUCUAUACACCACUGCUUUGUUAUCAUGGAUGCAGCCAUUUCAAAGCGGUUGGUCUACCUCGCAAAUGAAUUUGUCGCAAUACAACGACACGGAUGAGUGCAAUGCACGACCUGUAGCUGAAGGCACGUGUCUCAUGUUUCCUGGCCAUACGAAACUCCAAUGGACAUUUGCCGUGAAUGCAUGGAUCUUUGGUGCUAUGGUAGGCUCACUAUGUUGUGGCCAAGUCAGUGACCGACUUGGUCGUAAAAAAACGUUGAUGGCAAACUGCAUCUUCAUGAUCAUUGGCGGUGUGGUUCAAACAGUAUCGUCGGACAUUUGGCUGUUCGCAUUGGGUCGUUUUGCUGCCGGUAUUGCAUCGGGUACAGCCACUGCAACGAUUGGUGGAUACAUGAAUGAGCUCACACCGCCUCACAUGCGUAACACGCUUGGUCUAGGCCUUCAAAUUUUCACGACUAUCGGAAUUUUAGUACCCGCUAUCUGCUUUUUCUUCCUUAACACAAGCACUGGUUGGCGUUACCUUGCAGCAUUCCCUGUUGUGCUAGCUGGUGCCUACCUAUUGCUGGCACCGACCUUGUGCAUUGAAAGCCCAGCAUGGCUUUUAACGCAGGGUCGUAAACAGGAGGCUAAAGAAGUUAUUGCUCGGUUGUAUGGCGAGGAACAUGUGCAAUUGGCUCUUACAUGGCUCGAAGUGGGCACAAAGCCGGAACAUGCUGAAGAAGGUCUCUCUGCUUCCAGAAAAGAAUCCAUGUUUGCUCCUCGGUAUCGCAUGCAGCUCCUCACCGGUCUUUUACUGUCAUGUUCUCAGCAAUUGUCUGGUAUCAAUGCCGUGUUUUACUACUCCGGUAGUAUUUUUUCGGAUGCUGGUAUUUCUGACUCGCGUGUCGGCACUCUGGUCAUUGACUUCAUCAACAUUUGGCCUGCCUUCUUUACGGGUGUUCUAGCGAACCGUUUUGGUGCUCGCAACAUGAUCCUUUGGGGUCUUGCAGGCAUGGUGAUCAUGUCGGUCGGUAUGACUUUGGCUUUCGUGGUAGAUGUGUCUGCAUUGUCCAUCGUGUUUACCGCUCUGUAUGUGAUUGUGUUCGGAGUAACACUUGGUCCUCUUGUGUGGGUAAUGACAGCUGACAUUUUCCCCGACUCAAUUCGUGCUAGUGCGUCAUCAUUCUGCAUCGGAAUCAAUUGGCUGUGUAACCUGGUUGUGGGUAUUUCGUACCCUUACGUUUCAGAAGCGUUAGGAGACUACGCUUACGCUCCAUUUGUGGUGCUACUUGCGACGUUCUUCCUUUUGGGAUUGAAAAUGGUGCCAGAGACGUCGGGUAAGUCGGCUGAGGAGAUUCAGGCUGAAUAUGACUCUCGUCGCGAGAAAUAG